CGUGUUCUCGACGAAGUCACAAAGUUCUUCGAGGACGAUAGCAACAAGUUCAUGGUCAAGAAGCUCGACUGGUCAAGUAAUGUCAACAAGGCCAUUAGCGAAGCCAUCAAGACUGUUUCGGGCCCCAAGAGCGCCCUCAAGGAUCGCUCGCUCUACCUGUUUUCCGCCUCGCCUGAAGAAGGCAAGGUUGUGCAUGGCUGCUAUGUUAGCGAGCCAUUCAAGAACGCAGGCGCAGACGGUCCAAAAUGGGCUUCGGCCGUGACCCCCAUUAUCGGUGGCAAGGCCGGCGGCAAGCCCGGUGCUCCCACGGCAAUUGGCCAGGGCACCAAUGCAGACAAGGUCGAUGAAGGUGUCGAGGAGGCGCGGAAAUGGAUUGAGGCUUUCAAGAUUUAA